AUGAAGCGAACAUCGGCAAAUUUUGAUGCUAUACAAGAAAACCACUCACCCGUACUCACCGUGUUCCCCACUGAAUUGAGACAAAAGAUGAAAGGAUUUGGAGGCACAUUCACUGAUGCAGCAGUUUGGAAUAUCGAUAAUUUGCCUGAGAGAGCACGCAAACAUUUAUUAGAAAGUUAUUUUGGAGUCGAUGGAAUUGAGUAUUCUUUUGGUCGAGUUCCGAUCGGAAGCAAUGAUUUCUCGACUCGUCCCUAUUCGUACAAUGAUUGGAGUGGUGAUGUGAAUCUGUCAAAUUUUUCACUUGCUGAUGAAGAUCUUGAGCAUCGAAUCCCAAUUCUACGAGAAGCACUUUCCUUGAGAAAUGGUUCUCUGAAACUCUUGGCCACUCCAUGGACGGCUCCAUUCUGGAUGAAAUCAAAUGGAAGAGCUCAAGGCGCCGGUGUAUUAUUGCAUGAGGUCGAUCGAAUCGACAUGUGGAAAGUCUAUGCCUUAUAUUUGCUCAGGUAUUUCGAAGAAUUUGCAAAACGUGGCAUACACUUUUACGCUGUUUCCGCUCAAAACGAGCCAAAUCUUUCUCGGUCUGCGCAUUUCCCAUGGCAAGCUAUGUAUUUCUCGCCACAAAUGCUCUCAGAAUUUGUCUCGAAAUACCUCGGACCAGCAAUCAAAAGCAAUAAAAUCACAAAAGAUCUGCACAUUUUCCCACUCGAGAUCAGUAGAGAACAAUUGGAGCUGUACUCGCAGGAAAUUUGUGGAAACGAAAAGGCGUUCAACUACAGCUCAGGCAUCGGGAUUCAUUGGUAUGCUGACACAAAAAUUGGUACAAAUAUCUUACGAAAUGUGGUCACUGAAUGGGCAACGAAAUACGUGCUUUACACAGAGUCUGCAAACGGUUGGCUAACAAAUGAUGUGCUUUUGGGUGACUGGAAUCGCGCUGAGAAAUAUGUCGAGUCAAUGAUGGAGACUGUCAACAAUGGUGUCACUGGAUGGAUUGACUAUAAUUUGUGUGUUGAUACAAGUGGUGGACCAUCUUGGAUUGGCAACAAUUUGGAUGCAGCAAUCGUGGUCGACAAACACAACAAAAGCUUUAUGAAGCAGCCAAUGUUUUAUGCGAUCGGGCAUUUCAGUAAAUUUAUUGGUGAAAACGCUGAUUAUAUGGCAUCCGAAUUCUCCAGGAAAGGGAUUGGUGUUUCCGAUAUUUCACACUCAGCUUUUGUGAAUCCAGAUGGAAGCCGGGCUUUAAUUCUUUACAAUAAAAACUCUAGCUAUUCAUGGAAUAUCUCUGUUGUCGACGAUGCGACGCCAUUUAGCCAGCUGAUACUCACAUUACCACCGAAAUCAAUCGUUACAGUAUUAUGGAAUAAGAUCACGUUUACUUCAAAGCUAAAAGAACCACAGAAAGAUUUGCAAAGCCAGCCGUUUGGAGAAAGCGAAAUCACG